AUGCUUGCAACAACCAGAUUACCACGACUGCUGGGUGCCCUUUUAUUGGUAUGCGCCUUGAUACAGGUAGCGGAGUCCAAGAGAAUUAGAGCGACACCUAGGAAUGUAGCUGUGAGGGUACCGGAUUAUCUAGACAAAUGGGAUUUUACGACUGAAUUCAACAGCUUGUGUGCUGGUAUUUUCCCAGAUGACGUAGAUUCCAAUUCACCUAUUUUGACAGAAACAAUGGCGGAAGUUGCAAGCACCAGUAAAAUACGUUUACAAGGUCGAUCAAGUUCAUCUUCCGGGUCGUCAGAAAAUCUAUUUACAGUCAGCUGCUUAUACCGAUAUUCAGAUGGAGAAGAUCAUCAAUUAGGCUCUUAUAUCGCCGAACAAGCUGGAGGAGUAAUGGUAGAUCUGGAUGAAGAGAACGCUCAUCUUAGACGAAAGAAGUCAAGCACAACACGUCGUUGA